AUGAAAAUCCCCUGCCGCGUUGGCGGUGUCCUGGCCACCGUCGUUGUCAUCAGACGCAUCGUGUUCAGUCCUGUCCUGCGAUGUCAGUUGGGUGGCAGGUGGCAUACUUCACUUUCUGGAUGGCUGUCGUUCAGCAAGUGUCUACAACUCCAGGACUCUGGGAAAGUGUGCGACAAGGAGGGAAGUCGGAUCCCACUGUCCGAGUCCGCGGGGGCUUUCUUCGAGGCAUUCGAGGUGUAUCGAAAUCCGGGAAAACAUUUUCAUCUUUCCUGGGUGUUCCGUAUGCCAAACCUCCCGUCGGCCAGCUUCGAUUCAAAGGUCCACAGCCCGCCGAUCCCUGGAGUGGCACUCGGGAUGCAACCAAAGAAGGGUCCAUGUGCUUUCAGGGGUUUGGUACCAAAGUAUUCCGGGUGCCACUCGUGAACGAACACGGCCGGCUCGUAACCGAUUUCAUAAAACACAUGCCACCAGAUGCGGCGCAAAGUGUUAUGGAAAAGUUACCUGGUCUUUUAACUGGAGGCAGUUUGGCAGACCUGAAAAUGGGCGAGGAUUGUUUGGUCCUGAACGUAUAUACUCCUCAGGUCAACCUGCCGGCCAAGUCCUUGCUGCCCGUCCUCGUCUUCUUCCACGGCGGUGCGCUCGUAUUUGGCAGUGGCACUAGCCUGAUGUACGGGCCCGACUUCCUAAUGGACCGCGGCCUAGUGGUAGUGGUUCCAAACUAUCGUCUGGGAAUCUUUGGAUUUCUCAGCAGCAAUACAUCAGAUGCUCCGGGCAACGCAGGCCUCAAGGACCAGGUGCAAGCUCUCCGAUGGGUGAGGGACAACAUACGCACCUUCGGCGGUGACCCGUCAAGAGUCACUAUUUACGGCGAGUCUGCCGGCGCAGCGAGCGUGCACUACCACAUCCUGUCACCACUGUCUGCUGGACUCUUCCACGGUGCUAUACUAUCAAGCAGUGCGGUCCAGUCGGGAGUGUACCAAAGCAAGGGUUACGACCUCGUGCGACGUGUCACCAAGUUUUAUGGUGGCCCCAGUGGCAGCCCGUCUGCCAUGGUCAACUUUCUCCGGACGAUUCCAGGAUUGAUAUUGACCGCCACCUGGCUAGAGGUGGGCACAGACCAAGACUGGCAGCAGCUGGUACCGAACCUGCCUUGCCGCGCCGUGGUUGAGCCAGUGAACGGAGGGGAACCCGCUUUCUUCUCCGAGGAUCCCAACGACCUCCUCGUGGCCGGCCGGUACAACAAGGUGCCCAUGAUCAUCGGCAGUAAUUUUCGCGAAGGCACACUUUUCUUCAUGUUGAACACGGAAUCGGGAGUGGACGCUAUGCAACGGGACCCGGGGAUCCUGGUGCCCUGCCCGUUGGUCAACGUCCUGGACGAGGCGGAACGACGUCGAGUGGGCCAGCAAAUCCGAGACGUGUACACGCAGGGGCGGCCCAUCAACAAUGAGACGCUGGCCGCGGUUGUGGACAUAUUCGGAGACGAGUCUCUGCUGCACGGUAUUCAAAUCAGCGCAGCGUGGCACGCUCUCCGCGUACCGGUGUACCGCUACCAUUUUGUGCUGGACGCCUUCAACCUGCUUUCUGUCUUCUUGAAUAUGCCGCCCCACGUAAAAGUACCAGGUCAUGGCGACGACAUUGGCUACGUGUUCCGUCCACGGGCCCUGGGAGACCUCAAAGUCCUUGGCAAACGUUGGAGAACUGGAAUGGAGCGGAUGCUUGCUUUUAUAACAAAUUUCUGCUACCAUGGCAAUCCGACGCCCAACGUGACAGAACACACUCCAGUGUUGUGGCCGCGCCAGCUCAAGGGGAAGGACGUGUACCUGGAAUUCGGCGACGAGCUGACCGUCAAGCGAGACUUGUAUCCCGAAAGAAUGGGGCUCCUGACGAAACUGUACAGUCAAAUCAUACGCCACCCAGUUUACAACGUUCCCAAAUGA